AUGGUAAAUACACAAGAAUAUGUGGAUAAGAAUUUUGAUAAAAGCGUUAGCGAUAUUAUUGUUAUUGGUAAGGACAUGGAAGGUGAUUUAGACUUGACAGAUUAUUCUAAUUUAAUUACUGUGGACCUCGGAAAUAAUCCACAUAUAAGAAGUUUAAAAUUAGCGCCAUCAACCAGGAUUAGGUAUAUAAGUACUUAUAAUACUGGGAUUACAGAAUUUUCUUUUUAUACUAGUACUCCUGACUUAGAGAAUUGUUUCUUAAAUUAUUAUCGUGAAAUUGAAGAAAACACUCGCUUAUUUGCUCAAGUAAUUAAAGAUAUUUGCCGAUUUCGACUAAGAGAAUCCCAAGAACUCUCGCAAAUUAUUUUUCCCAACCAAUCUUAUAAUUUUCUCCAACUUAAGCAAGAAAUCACUAGACUUAAACUCCAAGAAUUAGCUCCAAAACUAAGGAGAGAAAAAACAAAUUUAGAGCAACUAAUUAUCACUGCCAAAAAAAAGGCAGAAAAUAAUUUUGAACAUAUAGUUGAUUUAUUGUUAACAACCCAACAGGAGAUUAGUAAAAAAAAUAUCGAUCACGUAACUCAAUCACGGCUAGAAGGGGAAUUAGAUGCUUACCAAAAAAUUUUAAAAAACAUUUUAACUAAAGAAGAAUUACAAGCUCUUUUAACUAAGCAAGCUGAGCUUUGCCAAUUAGAAGAACAUUUAGCCAGCCUUCAGACUAAUCAGCAGUGA